AUGCAGUUUUUCUGUCUUGGUUCUUUUUUCAUUCUCAGAGGAUUGCUGAGAAGUUCAAAUACUCACCCACAAUCUGGAGAUUUUAGACGUGAGCUUUUGAUUCUCGCUGCACCAGCAAUUCUUGGACAAGCCAUUGACCCUCUAGCACAACUGAUGGAGACAGCCUAUAUUGGUAGAUUAGGUAUUGUUAGUCCAACUUCAUUUCUGUAGUCAUUGCAUUGUUAUUGUUCGGUGUGAUUUUUUUUUUGAUCCUAAGAUGUUAUUGUUAUUGUAGUACUUAGCAUGAUACAUUUUACUGUAGCCGUAAUGAAAUGGUUUUCUUGAUUUAGUAUGCCCUUUUUUUCUGAAGUUUUUGUUUGUUUGUUGACUGUGUUUUUAUACAUAAAUGGCUAUAUCUCUGUUAGACUUCUUCAUGGAACCACUUAUUCAUUUUAUCCUUUUCCUGCUUUCGGAUUCAUGAAAUACCUUAUCAUGAAAUAAUCUUUUUUCUUAUUUAUCUGUAUCGUGUUUGAAGCUGUUUGUAUCUUUAUCUUCUAAAGGCCCAGUGGAAUUAGCGUCUGCUGGCGUUUCAGUAUCCAUCUUCAACAUCAUAUCAAAGCUUUUCAACGUACCCCUGCUGAGCAUAACAACUUCGUUUGUUGCUGAAGACAUAUCAAAAAGCUCUGACAGAAAAUUGGUUCCAGGUUAAUUAUAUGUGAUUUUUUUCCUUUAACCUGAGAAUAAAUGAACAUCAAGCUUUUGUGUCGAGUGUGCCUUACACAAUUUUUGAUCGGUGUCCCAGUAGAUGGGAGAUGUCUACCAGUGAAUGGUGCCAGCAAGGAACUCUCCAAUGUGAUAGCUGACAGAGAGAGAUUGCCAUCUGUCUCCAGUGCAUUAGUCAUGGCUGUUGGAAUUGGUACAGUGGAAGCCUUAGCCUUGUUCUGGGCAUCGGGUCCAUUUCUCAGCAUGAUGGGAAUAUCACCGGUAGGGUUGAAUUACAUCUUUUUUUUUUGGAUUUUCGUUAAUGUUUUUUCGUUUACCCUGAGAUACAAUGCAUGUUAUAUGAUCUGUCACCAAAAAAAAAUUCGGAAAAAUAUGCUGCUCUUUAACUGAGAGGAAACAGAACCAAAGGCUUCUCCUGGCAGACUGGAAAACAUGAAUCCCUUUAGAAUUUCAUAUCCUCAGACAAGGUUUGGAGCAUGGUUUUUGGAGAGACAACAGGCUUGCUAAGAGGAGAGACUAGUAGUUUCAUAUCUUGUUUUAAUUAUCUUGAGAAGAAACUUUAUCUUGAUAAAGAUAUUAUUGUAUGAGAAAUCAUGAUGCCAAAAACUGAACUUUUUGGAUGAAAAUAUGAAGGGUCAUGUGGGUUCUGUGCUCGGUUGCACUUUCAGUGUAACUGUAGAGUUAAAUAGUGGGAUUACUUACUUGUCACUUUUUGGUACAUGCUUGUGAGCAAGGUUUAACGCAUCAACAGAAGCAGGAAUUGCGGGAAAAUACUCGUGGCAACCAUGAUUUCUUAAUAUCUAUUUUUUUAAAAUGAUAGAGUGUUUUGUUUGUUUAUUUGGAGAUUGUAAUUUUUUGUAAAAAUUCGAUGCAACAUCAAUUUCACUUUAGAUCUGAAUACACUUUAUUUUAAAUCAUUUCACUUGGACCACUUUCAUAAAAACACUUUGAAACAAUAACUUCAUACCAUCUGUCACCGCAGAAGUGUUCAGUAUUCAUGCUUUUUACUGUCUCACAUCUGUAUUACGACUGUGAAUAGGCUUCUUCUAUGCGUACGCCGGCUCAACACUUUCUUCGUUUAAGGGCAUUAGGUGCUCCAGCUAAUGUUGUUUCACUGGCUAUACAAGGUGUCUUUCGUGGAUUCAAGGAUACACAAACACCCCUCUUCUGUGUCGGUAAGUUUGGAUUAACUCGUAAUGCUUCAUGAAAUUUUAUACGGAAAAUUAAUGAGAUACGUAUUGAAUCUGCUUAGUGCGUUUGAAACCAGGAUAAUUUUCAAUUUUUUGAAUGUCUGUGAAACUCAGACUUGGUCAAACUAGGCUGGUAUUCCUUAUGGGCUUUCAGACCAACUGAUAGGGAUCAAGAUUAGAUUGAGCUGCCUGAUUCUACGGUCCAAUUCUAUUCGUGCCACCAAACAUAUAUCCACUAUUUUGUUCGUUUGUAUAUGAUGGAAAGCAACUGUUCGUAUAAGAGUCGGUUGAUAAAUGCUCAAUUUGUUAAUCACGUGAUAGUUUGCUGUGGUUUCAAGAAUUAGAGCCAGCUACGUUUAGCAACUCGUGGGUAACAUAUGGAUUUAAAAUUGAUAUGAUAUUAGCUCGAUGGUACAAUGUGAGCAGAUACUAUUGGAAGGUAGUAACUAUGAUCUCAAUUGAAACUUUUUAACUUGGAAGUAUCCACUAGCUCACGAGAGUGGAUAUUUUUUUUCACGCUUACCAUAUUACCUACCAGGUUUUUCCUCAAUGGUUGUCCCAGCGAACUAACAUUUCCUUUGGUUCUGAAAACGAAUGACUAAGCAGAGUUUUGCCACGUAUACAUGCAUGGUGUUGCUUGGUCUUGCAUGUCAAGGGGGCAUAUGUUGUCGUGGCUAUGAUACACGACAAUUCAUUCAUAGAGAUGAGGAUUUGGGAAUGUGAUCAAUUUGAGAGUAUUUGCUGCGCAUUCUGAAUAAAGCCAAUGUUGAUCGUUCAUGCAAACCUAUUUGAAAAUUAAUGAAAACGAGUGAAAAGGAUGUCGAAAAUGACUACAGUAUUCUUUUGGUGUUGACGUCAUUGUUGGCUUGUUGGUGGUGAUGGAACAAGGUCAUCUUACUAUCAAUGCAUUGCAUGAAGUUUAUACAGUUGUUACAAUAGUUUGGUUUUGUUGUGAGCAAGAGAUCAUCAGAAUGGACUUCACGGAUUGAAAGAUCGGUCUAUUGAUGCGCUAAGCUGAAGGAACCACGAUACAUCUCCAAACAAUGGGCAUGCUGCCUGAUUUCUAGGUGUACUUGGAGACGAUUUUUUUUCAGUUUCUGGUCGUCCAAUAUUUUUAUAUUAGGGAUCCAGUGUGCAGUAAUUUGUUGGAUACUCUCUUCUGAUCCUGGAGUGAUGCAGAUUUUUUUUUCUUAAUAGUAUUGAAUCAUAAACCUUUUAUCCACUGUGCCAUACUUUGAAAUAUUGUUUUAGACUUGUUCCAGAUAAUUCAGGGUUGUCCGAAUCAGAGUUUUCUUGAAUUAGAUCUGAGUUGAACUAGGAGAGGGAAUAGCUGCUUCAACCUGAGAUGGUCUCUAUUAUCAUCGAAUGCUCUUGGCACAUUUGGUUUCAUAUGGCCGCAUGUUGAUUUGAUAGGGCUUAUUAUAAGCUGUUUGUUGAUUGGAGUUAAUUUGUGAAAUUUAGUGAUUUGAUUUUCCAUUUAGUAUUUCUAGGUCCUUACUACUUCAGUUUGGUGGAGUUUCUUUGUUGCUUGUUUCGACCAAACCUAAGCUUUUAAUUUUUUGAUGCAGGGGUGGGUAACAUUUCAGCUGCAAUGCUUUUUCCCGUACUGAUGUAUACUCUACGCUUGGGUGUAUCAGGGGCUGCUCUUGCGACUGUUGCAUCUCAGUAUGCACUUCAACGUUUAAUUUGAAAUUUUUUUAUGACUUCAAUGUCGACGUGUUUCAGUUUUGCAAUUCGUAACUUGUCGUUGAGGUUUAAAGUUUUCUUUUUCUUGGAAAGUGUUGGAACUUAGCCUGGCGUGGUGCAAUCAUAUGUCUUUUUGCAUUCAACCCUGGACAUAAUAUCCAACUCCCACUCUUGUCAUGAUGCAUAGACCUACUAGGAUGGCCGUGGGGUAGGUAGCAUGCGUGGCGCUGGUUGUCCUGGCCACGUGUAUAUCAUAAUGGGAUAAAUAGCAGAGUGAAUACUCAUAUAGGAUGCGCAACAGCUUAACUAAAGUUUCCAGAAUCUGAAGGAUCCGUCCAAUGGUGAAGACGACUUGAAUUUAGAACGCUCAAAGUUCUGGACAAUACGAAAGAAAGCCAGUAUGUAUGAGAGUGGCCUUUACAUCAGAAACAUCCUGCAUGGUGUGGAUGUGGGCAGGCCACAGUGGGCUGAUUGGGGCUGUAUAAAGGCUUCUGGCAUGUUGUAGAAUCUUUUAGGUUCAUUCAUUGGAGGUGAGGCCAAGGAGAUGGUAUAUAAAGGUUUUCAAUCACUUCGAAGCAGCCCACCAUGCAUGAGAGAUGUUUAGGCUUGUUUAAUACUAUGGAGGACGUAAGAGUAUGGCCAGAGUGGAAUGCGUGUGAAGUUCAUACAGCGAAUUGGUAAACAUAGCAUGCGGCCAGUAGCAUGAUCGUGAGGCAGUUAGGAUGCGACUUCCAGGCUAUAAACAUGACACCUUAUCCUUUGGCCAAAAUUUCCAAAUAAGUGUUGGAAUGGCAGUCUGUAUCUUGAGAGGCUAUCUGUGGUCCUUUGUUAUGGCAUUGGUAAGACCAGCGGUUAAGCUGGCUUCCGAGUUUCAUUGUAUAUUUUUCUUGUACUGUGGAGAAACUUUUACUUAUGUAAGGGCUUCUCCCCUCUGUCUUGUGUGUAUUCUUGUGAAUACAUAUGCCGAGGCAUUGUGCGGUAUCUUCCAGGCAUGGAGUUCGUUCUGCCAUGUAGUCGACUUGGAUUGGCUUACCUUCCACAGAGAAAACGGGCGAUGGCCAAGAUGAGGAUAUUGACAUUUUCUCGCUAUUUUACUGAUUAAAGACCUGGUGCAGAAUGUUUCCUGAUGGAUUCCUUGAUUUUUGCCUCGUCUGAUCUGUGCUGGACCAGAGGAAAGUUUAAUUUGGGUGAAAAUGAAAUUCACAUGGCAUUUGUUUACUGAGGAAAAAAUUGUACACAUAAUUUCUUUGAAUAAAAUAUAUUUUUAAGUUUAAAAAAAUUGUACCUGGACUCUUAGCAGACAACCUCUUGAAAAUCAUCUCAGCCCAGUCUCAGUGCACUAUUCUGCUUGAAUGAGCGGGUUGUGUUUAGCUUUGGGAUCAAGGUAUGUGGUGGGUAGUGUCAAGUGACUGGUGAGUAUUUUUCCUUUUAUUUAUUAUCCCUGUUCCCUGUUCUUCCUCUUUCCUCAUUUGAUGUCUUCUCUUCCUCCUCAUUCCUUCAAAAUAUAUAAUUCUUUCUUGACCCCUUCUCCCAUCAACUAGAUUUCUUCAUCCUUCUACUGAUUAGCUGACUGAUUUUGGGGGACAUAUGACCGCCAUAUAUAUAUAUAUAUAUAUACAUGUUUUAAUUUGAAGGUUGAUUGGGCAAACCCCUUUUCAAAUGAAAUUGGAUGAUAUUCAUAAUCAGAUGUCACUUGAUGGUGGGCAAUUUUGAAUUCAGUAUUUACCUAUACGCAUUCAUAUCUACGUUACACACGUACUACAUCCUGAAAGACACCAUAUGUGACUUGCUUUCAUUGACAAUUUGAAAGACAUGAGGAUUUUAGAAUCUCAUAUGAUGUCGGAAAACAGAGGAUGCUUCUGAAAUUUAUUCCAAUAAAUAGUUAAUUUUUUUUGGAAGUAUUUACGAUUAUUUGAUGGCAUCCUACUGAGUUUCCAUAUAUUCUAAGCCAUGAUUUUUCUGCCCACAUCAGACAUUCAGAUUGGAGAUCAGUUUCUGAACACUGGAUGUUUGCAUUAAUUGACUACCUUUACCCUUUACCUUUACCUCCAUCACUGGAUGUUCUGUGAUAUCGUUCCCGAAGGAGACGCGAUUUUGACAGGUUGAUCCAGAGUUUUCUUUGUCUCCAUUUUCAAGGGAUUAAAUUUCCAAUAACUGUGAAAUCUUGUGAAUCGUUCUCACCCAGUCGAUUGUUAUUUGGCUGUUGGAGCUGUGCAAAACAAAUAAAGGCAUAAAAAAUGUAUUUUCCCAUUGUCAAUCAGAUAGUUACAGAAACUGCGACCUUACUUUUGAAAAGAAUCACCGAUUCCUUUGUAUGUUCAGCCAACAUCUAUCUUUCUAUGUUAAACAAGAAAAGUACUUUGAAGUGGAAUUUUGUAAAGUCAUUGCUAUCACUCUCUCUGACUGCACAAGUAAUAGAGGUUUUUUAUAUUGUAUAUUCACGCAUAAAUAUGUUAUGAAUUUUCUUUGCAUUUCUCAGGUACAUUGCUACAUUUCUACUUGUCUGGCGUCUAAGCAGAAGAGCUGUUCUGCUACCACCCAAGAUUUUAGAGCUUGACUUUCGUGGUUACAUAAAGUCUGGUUGGUUUCGAUUUUCGAUUAUCACAUGCUGAUAUAAUUUUUUACCCCUUUUCAUGGACUUUCACUUCGCUUUGAUAUGAUCAUCAUCUUAAAUAUUCAAUCAGAAACCUAGCUAUGCCGGUUGAACGUGCGUGGUGAAGAUAUUAAUGAAAUCUGUAUUAUGAGUUUGUCAAUGUGGUACCCCUAUUUCAUAUAUUCUUAUAUUGAGAAUACAUUAAGUGAAAUAAAACAGAGUUAGAACUCAAUGUGAAGUUUCUCUUUUUAAAUUCCCCCAUACUAUUGAAUAUAUUGUUAUGUUGUAGAAAUAAAAUUAGGAGGCUCAAUGUGAUUUUUUUUGUACCAUUUAGAAUUUUUUUCUUUUUCUUUAAAUUUGAUUCAUAAAUGAAAAUGAUAGAUUAAACAGUGCAGUAAGUACCGGAAAUAACGUAAGGUAGAAACAAUCCUCAGGGUGUUCCAGGUUGGUUGCCAACUGUCAGGUAUCCCAAAAAGUCCUCUGAUCAACCAGUAAUGUAAAUCAGAUGCCACAACAAGAAGAAAGUUCCUCCACUUUGUGUAGAUUGUUAUCUUGGCGGGUGUUUGACCAUGUAAAGUUCCCCGUUGAGAUAACUCUAGAAAUGAUGAGAAAUAUGGCGAGGAAUUAUUGUCUACAUCUCUGUUUUUUUUGUUCAACUAUGAUGAUCCACAAAAUGGGAGGUGCUUAGGUUCAGGAAAUAUGCUAUUCCAUCAUUAAAACACCUGGUUGGAUGCUGAAUACUGUAGCCAACAAUGUUCAUUCGAUCAACGGUUUUGUUGAUGCUUGGCAGAGGAUGCGUCUUCCUAUAAUAGCAACCCACAAAAUUUUGAGGUUAGCAAAUACAAGAUGGAACAUCAGAAGACCUUUCAUGCAAAAAAGAUGACUUUUUAUGAGAAACCUUUCAUCCCCACAAUUUUUUCAUGCCCUUUCUAUCCUUUACUCUUUUAUUAUUUUUUUUCUUUAUUUCAUGAUGUGCCCUAAAGCCCAAAAAUCAUUAGCUCGAGUCACAGUCUGUGCAAUGUCCACUGUAGCAUCUUAUGCCAGCAAUACCUUCCAAAGGGUGAUUGCUUUCUCCUGUUUCUUCCCUCUCACAAACUUUUACCCUGCCUUAAAUUUAAGAUUUACAGCAUUUCUGAAAUCACAUGAAUAGGAAGUUUUCUUUUUGUUCAGCAAAUCAACAUCACUGCUGUUGGCAAUAAAACAGUCUCAGUAAUCAACAAUUACAGAAACGAUUUCACAGUGAAACUUAUUUUCCAUAUUUUCCAUAAUUUAUGUCAUAUUAUUUAAUAUAUUUAAUUUUAUAAUGUUAAUUAGUUUGCUCUCGUGUUAGGUGGACUUCUUCUAGGAAGAACUCUUUCAGUCCUAUUCACAAUGACUCUGGCAACAUCUAUGGCUGCCCGCCAGGGUUCAAUGGCUAUGGCUGCUCAUCAGAUUUGUCUCCAAGUGUGGCUGGCUGUCUCUCUCCUUUCUGAUGCAUUGGCUUUGUCUGCCCAGGUACCCACGAUAUUCAUUCUCUUUAAGUGAUGUUUUUUAUGCCGUCUUCAUUUACUUUCGAAAAUAAGUUGCAUUUGUAUUUUAUUUGGACAUCACGAUGCGUGCUUUUAUGAUUGCUUACCUUUUGUUUGGUGCUUCGACAAUAUGACUUGACUUGAUUCCAUUAAGUAGAUGUUCUCAUUCUGGGUGAAACAUAUGCCUCUUUGGAUUGUGCUCGACUGCAGAGUCGAGGCUUUUCUUUUUUAAACAGGUUCCGCGGCUUUUCGUGUUUUUUUUUUUAACCACCUAAUUUUAUAAAUCAUAUUAACUAAUUUCUUGGGGCUGGCACCUUACUAUGAAUAUCUGUAUUUAGUUGAGUUGAACCCGCGUACGGUGUUAGUAUGGUUGUUGACAACAUUUAUAUUGUUCUUGUGCUCUUUUUUCAUAAUUUUAAUGAGAAUCAUCUCGGUCACGUUUAAGUAGCGAGAUAUUCGUGAAUUUUGGCAAUAGGAAUUAUCCCUUGGUGGCAGAUGGCACAGGCUUUUUCUGUUAUAGUCUAAAGUCAUUGUCAACAUUGAAAGGUGCAAUAGGUCAUGCUGCUUACAGGACUGGCAUGAACUCCCUGAUACUAACAAUCCUGUGGUUUUGUGGGUUGAAGGGAAGAAGCGAGUGGGAAUUGGAUGUUAGAUCCUCAACAUGAUGCUGUGUCAAGGGAACAUAAUAAAUAAAUGACUUAAUUCAUCCGUGUUCUUAACAGAUAAGUUUUGAAGUUGACCUGUUCCUUGUGGAGUGUCCCAAUUCCAGAUUGGUAUCAGAUUUGAUGGUCUUCGAUGCGUCUGUUACCUUUUUCCUUGAAAUACUCCAGUAAAAGCAUGGCCAUGGAGGGUGGUUAUAAGAAUUAAAAAGAUAAAACCAAUGUAGUUCCAUGUUCCCUCAUAUUUUUUGUGAUUUUGACAGGGAGUGAAUGAUAUUCAUUCUCUCCCCUGGUUUCUGUUUUCCUAUAUCUUCCACAGAAGUUCAUUUUUGAUAACAUCAUGACAAAGGCAGAUUGUUGAAGGUUAUCUACAAUUACGCUAAUUUGAUUUCUGUGUCACAAUACAUUCAAGAUCUAGUCAAAUUGAACAAAAGAAAGAACUUUUGGCUCAAUGAAAGGUCUAGAUUUAGAUCAAAUAUUCUAGACUAAAAUAAGGACUCCUAAGAAAAAAAACGAACGUAAUUAGAGUCGAUAACCACUGACGUCCUUGUAGAGGAAGAGGCUGGCGAUGAAACUGCUGAAGUAAUCUGUGUUAAAAGGCAUGAUUGGCCGCGCUUCUCUCUCUCUCUCUCUCUCUCUCUCUCCUUCUCUCUACAUAUAUAUGUAUUUAUGUAGGCCACAGGUGGAAUAGGUCAACCAAUCACUAUCAACUAUUUACCUUUUGCGGUAACCAAUACGAGAAUACUUUUUGCCCCCCUCAUAUGCGAAGCUACUUUGGUUCAUGUGUACAGAGAAACCUUAGAGCACGAUCUGCUUGGCUCUGAUAUUAUUUUAAAACUAUCUGAUGAUCCAGUUCAAAAUUAAUUGACAACACGUGAACUAGGUUCAUUUUUUUGAUUUUACUAUUUUGUAGUUACCAAUGUGUCAUUAUUUUUUUAAUAGGAAUAAGUUAAUCAUAAUGUUGUAUUUAUUCAACUUGUUGUACGAGGAGCAAAGAAGAUUUUUAUGCAUAUGUUUGUCUCUAGUUACGCAUUGUAUGCUCCAAUCGUUUUGCAAUAGUAAAGUGUUUCAUCUUGAAAAGAAAUAAUUUCCUUUUUUGUAUUGUGGUGGGUCCAUGAUGUUUAGUGUUUCUUUGAUUGAGAAUUAUGCGGAUGUUGCCCUAUUAACUCGUGGUUCAUCUCGUUUAUUUAUUUUUUCCCUGCUACUGUAUGGUAGUAGGAUCGCGUUCCUGACUAUUAUGGACAUCAUUUGUUUCAUUUCGACUGAUGAAGUGAGAUUUUUUUGUGUUUAGGCACUGAUUGCUAGUUCUUUUGCGAAACGUGAUUAUGAAAGGGUGAAAGGGAUUGCCAACUAUGUGCUAAAGGUGAGUGUCAAAUGAUACUCUAGAACCAUUGUCCCUUGUAUUAUCAUUCAUUCAGUGGAAUAUAUAUAUCAUUCUCUCCAUGGUGACCAUUCCUCCUCCUCCCCACGCUCUUCAUUAUUAGAGGACCUUUUUUUUUUUUUUUUUUUUUUUCCUCCCCUUGAGAAAAAUUUCCUGCCCAUUAACUCAUGUAGGUAGGAGUUCUUGCGGGAAUUGCUUUGGCUGUCAUCCUGGGUGCAUCCUUCGGUUCUAUGGCCAAAGUAUUCACAACAGAUAUCGAAGUGCAGAGAAUUGUUGCUACGGGUUUGCUGGUAUGUAUUUCUAGUAGGUCAGACGCCAGGGUUUUUUUUUUUUUAUCCCCCCCCCUUCCUUUUUUUUUUUUUAUACGUCUCAUCUGUUGCUUUAUUAAUUUUGUUACAGUUUGUGAGUGCAAGCCAACCGAUUAAUGCUCUGGCUUUUAUUUUUGAUGGGCUUCACUUUGGUGUCUCUGAUUUCUCGUAUUCAGCUUUAUCCAUGGUAAGUAAGGCAGAGCGACCUUUUUUCCACCCCUGAUUAUCAAUAAUUAUAUUUUUACUCCCCCCCCCCCAUGCUCUUUCUGAUUUUUAUCUCCAGACUUGUUCCCCUGAACUCUUCUUCUAUUUGUUUUGCCAAAAAAAUAACGCAGAUGGUAAUUGGAGCGAUAUCGUCUCUAGCUUUGCUUUAUGCCCCUUCUAUAUUUGGCCUUCGAGGAGUUUGGUUUGGGUUGACUCUCUUCAUGAGCCUGCGAAUGACCGCAGGUUUUCUAAGGUAAAAAAAAAGGCACCUGCUUUACUUUACCUGUGAGUAAAUUUCUUAAAUUAACCGGAAGCUCAUUCAUAAUUUAAGUUAGAAAAGCACCCGCUUUACUUUGAAUCGGAUUGAUCUUCUGAUUUCUCACGAGGAUUUCAGAUGGGGGGAUCCCAGGAUUGCUAUUUUCUUAGGCGCACACACUGUGGGAAGAACAGUUGGUCUGCAUAGAAUAAUGGCUAGAAAUAUUAUUUUUUUUAACAAAUAAAAAAUAAUUUUAAAUCAGAGAGCGAGUAAAAUAAAUAUCUUAUAUACUCAAUGGUUUGUUCAUAAUUUAUUCUCAUGCGCGCCCCUAGAGAGAGAGAGAGAGAGAGAGAGAGAGAGAGAGAGAGAGAGAGAGAGAGAGAGAAGAAACCCGUUGGGGGAUGCUCCCUUUUUAGUGUGAAGGGAAUUUUUUGUUCUCCUUUAGUGUUCUUUUGGAGCUCUUUUUUUCAAAAAAAAAUAAAUUUAUUUCUCAACUAAUUUUCCAAGACCAUAUUAUGAUUGGGCGUGCGUAUUUAUCCUAGCCUCAUUGCGGAUACAAAGCUGGCCGGGGAGCUGGGCCAAGAAGCUUUCAUGCAUAGAUUUUCCUUUAUUUUUCUCUUAUAUACAUAAUUUGAUCUGAAUAUUUGAUCAGUUUGGUCAUCAUCAUCUUGUUGUUUCUUUGUCUUGCAGACUGCAAUGGAGGACAGGCCCGUGGAGCUUCCUACACCACAGCGGCGGCUCCAUCCCCAAGGUCCGUGCAUCUGAAUCCUUCUAG